GCUGGUGACGCACGUACGUGGUGACGUAGCAGAGCACUGGCAGCUACGCGGUGACGGAGCAGAGGGGCGGUUCCCCAGUGCCGCAGACAUGGCGGAACUGGAGACAGCAGCCGAACAUGAGCGGAUCCUGCGGGAGAUAGAGAGCACGGAGACCGCCUGCAUCGGGCCCACACUGCGGUCUGUAUACGAUGGAGAAGAGCACAGCCACUUCAUGGACAAGCUGGAGGUGCGGAUCCGGAACCAUGACCGCGAGAUUGAGAAGAUGUGUAAUUUUCACUAUCAGGGGUUUGUGGAUUCUAUCACCGAGCUGCUGAAAGUGAGGGGGGAAGCGGAGAACCUGAAGAACAAGGUCACUGACACUAACCGGACACUGCAGCUGGAGGGGUCAGAGUUAUUGUCCAGCAUGAAGGAGCUGCAGCAGUGCCGCAUUCAGCAGAGGAACAUCACAGCUACGGUGGAGAAGCUCAGCCUGUGCCUACCCGUUCUGGAAAUGUACACUAAAUUACGGGUGCAGAUGAAGACAAAAAGACAUUACCCUGCGCUGAAGACCUUGGAGCAGCUGGAACACACUUACCUGCCGCAGGUCAGUCACUACCGCUUCUGCCAGGUGAUGGUGGACAACAUCCCCAAACUACGGGAGGAGAUAAAGGAGGUUUCCAUGUCUGAUCUGAAGGAUUUCCUGGAGAGCAUCCGCAAGCACUCGGAGAGGAUCGGGGAGUUUGCCAUGAAGCAGGCUCAGCAGCAGAGAAGCUUGGACAACAUCUUGGCGCUGCAAACCAAGGGAGGUCUUGGGAAGAGGUGCAAGAAGGACCUGUGCCCAAGUCCGGAGAUGAACGGGACAAGCCCAAUGUCUGAGCAGGACUCUGGAAUCCUUGAUGUUGAAGAUGAAGACGAAGAGGAGGAGGCGCCAGGGACUCAAGACUUAGUGGACUUCUCACCGGUAUACCGCUGCUUGCACAUAUACACAGUGCUGGGCUCCAGAGAGGUGUUUGAGAACUACUACAGGAAGCAGAGAAGGAAGCAGGCGCGGUUGGUGCUGCAGCCACCGUCCAAUAUGCAUGAAACUCUGGAUGGCUACAGGAAGUACUUCUACCAGAUUGUCGGGUUUUUUGUAGUGGAAGAUCACAUCCUGCACACGACGGUCGGCCUGGUUAAUCGAGCUUACAUCGAUGAACUCUGGGAGUUGGCCUUGUCGAAAACAAUGGCCGCUCUGAGGACACACUCGUCUUACUGCUCCGAUCCCAACCUGGUGUUAGACCUCAAGAACCUCAUUGUGCACUUUGCCGACACGCUGCAGGGUUACGGCUUCUCGGUGAACCAGCUGUUUGACAUGAUGCUGGAGGUCAGAGACCAGUACAGUGAGAUCCUACUGAAGAAGUGGGCUGUGGUCUUCAGGAAUAUUCUAGAUGCAGACAACUACAGCCCCAUCCCAGUGAGUGAUGAGACUGCGUACAGGAGGACAGUGAGCCUGUUUCCCUUCCAAGACCCAGACCUGGAGAAGCAACCGUUUCCCAAGAAGUUCCCAUUUUCUGAAUUUGUACCCAAAAUCUACUGUCAGAUCAAGGAAUUCAUCUACGCCUGCCUGAAGUUCUCUGAGGAUUUACAUCUAAGCUCCACAGAAGUAGAUGAUAUGAUCAGGAAAUCCACCAACUUACUGCUGACCCGCACCCUAAGCAGCUGCCUGCAGACCAUCAUCAAGAGGAAGAACGUGGGGCUGACGGAGCUUGUCCAGAUAAUCAUCAACACCAGCCACCUUGAGAUCUCCUGCAAGUUCCUGGAAGAAUUCAUCACCAAUAUCACCAACGUGCUUCCCGACACCGUUCACACUACCAAGUUAUACGGCCUGACCACAUUCAAGGACGCCCGACAGGCAGCAGAAGAGGAAAUCUACACCAAUCUAAACCAAAAAAUUGACCAGUUCUUGCAGCUGGCAGACUACGACUGGGUGGCUUCAGAGUCCAGUGAUUGUGCGAGCGACUACCUGGUGGACCUGGUUGCAUUCCUAAACAGCACUUUUGCCGUAUUCACCCACCUGCCUGCCGCAGCUGACACGCACUCCAGAAUGCCGGGGAAGGUUGCUCAGACAGCCUGUAUGUCCGCCUGCAAACACCUCUCCACAUCCCUGACACAGCUACUGCUGGAAGCGGAGGUCAAGCAGAUCACCAUAGGGGCCUUGCAGCAAUUCAACCUAGAUGUCAAAGAGUGUGAAAGGUUUGCCAGAUCCGGACCAGUGCCUGGGUUCCAAGGGGACACACUGCAGUUGGCCUUCAUCGACUUAAGACAACUUCUGGAUCUCUUCAUUAAGUGGGACUGGUCGACUUACCUGGCUGACUAUGGGCAACCUACCUGCAAGUAUCUGCGUGUCAACCCCACCACGGCUCUCACCUUACUGGAAAAGAUGAAAGACCCCAGCCGGAAGAACAACGUCUUCGCCCAGUUUCGGAAGAAUGAGAGGGACAAGCAGAAGCUCAUCGAAACCGUGGCCAAGCAGCUCCGGGGGCUGAUCAACAGCCACCAUUCAUAAAAGAGCUUACAUGGAUGGCCGGGCAGUGCCCACCAUACACUGAACAAAACCUGAGCGCCGCUAGUAUAUAUCUCUUUCAGGGGGGGCCUGCUGCCCCGCGGAGCGUGCGGUUUCUUCCUAGGGUAAAUAAGGGGUUAUAGGAUUUUAUAAUGCUUUUGCCAGGUUUGGGUGAAUGUUCCUUACUAUUGCACUGAUCUAGUAGUUGUCUGACAUGUCACAUGCUGACAUUGUGCUGGGGUAAUGUGUGUUAUUACUGGAAGGAUUGGCAGUGUCUCCUCCGGCAUGGGUUCUAGGCCAUGUUAGAGGCAUUACUUUCUGUAUUACUUGCCCUCUCCUGCAGGGAAGUGUACCGUGUCUGCAGCUACUGCUGACCAUCCAGCCCCCAACUCUUACUGUCUUUCUAUAGCAUUGUAGUUAAGCUACUUCAAUUUGCAGAGAGUUUAUUGGUUAAUAGGAAACUACUAGUCUUACCAGUGAGGAGGACUCUCAGGGCGUUACUGUUCAGAUACUUAUCAUUGGUGCCAUCAAAGCUGAUUUGUGCUUCAUGUGGUGCAGCGCGCAAGUCGUAUCAUCAAGUGUUGUAAGGCACAGCCAUGUCCCACUAAUAGGCCCCAGUCUUCCAAAUCCCCUAAAGCAGUGUUCAAUGUUUAGAGCAGAUCAAAUAAUUGUAUUGUUCCUUCAGUGGCUGUUGGAAGUGGGCAAGCCCACUCUUCCAGCAUAACUUGUACCAGGUUCCUGAAACCCAAUAGUUGGAUCAUCUUCUCAGCACUGGAAUCUAAUGCAGGUCAGCUGGAGCAGUGUUCAGCCUCUGGCUAAAUGCUGCAUUCAUAUUUCGUGGCAUAGGGCUCGUUAGUCCUUCGGAAUAUAGGCAGCUUUGAUACUAAACCAGAUCCCUGUUCGGGGGGUACGUUCCUGUAGUGCUGGGAAGUCUAGCGGUCAAAGUGAAUGCAGUGUGUAUUCUUCUGUACUGUGUACAUGGUGAAUGCACGGCAGACAUACACGUGUGUUCCUCACCCUGGGAAGUGACAGGAAGCCAGCAGAUUUAUACUCCAAGAAGAUGGCUGUGUCCUCCAGCGUAAUGAGCAUCUGGCAGAAGUAUAUGGUAUUUUGAAGCGAUAAGCACAGCUUUCAUCUCUCACUAGCAGUGUAUGUGUUCCGCAUUGUUCACCAGGUAACACUAAAAUAACAAAUUAACUUGUACAUGUGUUAAAAUAACAUCUAGUGGCCGAUGGAGAGAGUUUUCUACAAUGUGUUUUAUGCAUCCUAGGAGGAUAAUACUAGUCUAACCUGUAACACGAGACUAGAUCCUGGAUUACCCAUAGAGAAUAAAUAAUAUUACCACCUUCCAGAAACAUAGGAGCUGCCGAUAUGAAGAGCCAGGGCUGGGUACUGCGAUUCCCGCCAGUUACCGGAUAUUACAUGGGAAAGCCUACAUACAGUGCAAACGCAUCCAGCUCUGUUAGGGUAUGGGAAUGUUUACAUGUAUAUUUGUCCGUCUCACGAGACCCUUUGUCUUGUUUGAUACAUUUGUAUUUUAGGCACUGUAGUCCUCUAACUGUCCUGAGGUAGGUUCUGUUCAUGAUAAGUAGUGGCUUCCUGGAUUUAACGUGUCCAGGCGGCUUUGAGAUAAACGAGAUCUUUCCUUAAAGAGGAAUUUUAGACAGUGCUGUUUAUUACUCCUGUUGUACCCCACAGUCCUAUUACAAAGCAAGGCUUAUUUCUCCUGUAAGUCUGAUCCAGCCGUUCUGCAUAACUGACAGACUAUCAGGACCCAGCUGAAGCGAUCUGGAUGUUUGGAGAUGUGCCGGCUAGGCUGGAUGGGGUGUUGGCAGCGUUUCCCAUCUGAUGACGUCACAUGCAGGAAACAGUGUUUCCCCGGCCAAUGCACAACUUAUAUUUUUGUAAACAACCAUUUGGCAAAUUGAACAGGCAAUAAAACAUUUUUGCUUCAUGUUGCGGCGUUACUAAGAGGCCCUUAGUUUGCACUUCUACAGUAUGUCCAUAAACAGUCCUGGAUGACACCUCAUCUGAUGGUUUAUAUACAGGAAUUGCCAUUAACGCCGCCUUUUAAAAUGUAACGGUCGCCUGCAAACCACGGACAAAGCUAUUCCUGGGGUAGCCCAAUGUGACUGCUGCCUUUCACUGAGUAAUAGCCCUUACAGAGGCGUAGACUUCCUAAUGAGUUGGUUGGUUCCACCCACAAAAUGGCUGCCUACAGGUGGCUUCCAUUUUUACGGCAUCAUGAUGGUGUUAAACCUACUUGACGAUAGAGUGUUCAGGAUGACAAAGGGAAAAUAGUCUAGCAAUUCGCAGGAGGGAGACUUCUUUUGGGGAUCCCCAUGCAAGAACGCACUUUUAGCUCCUCUUCUGCCGGAGGGGAGUGUGACUAUGUCUAAGGUGGAGGCCAUGAUGAUGUAGUCGGAGCCUUCGCAUGUUUUUUUGUUUUUAUUAUUCAAUGUACAAUAUGAGCUGCAAGAAAAUAAGUCCCCUCGGUGGUGGAUGCAGCGCAGGUUUUACCAACACCUGGAGCAUGUUACCAUGUGUUCCAGUGUGACUGUCGCUGCCACACCCGCUGUAUUAUAAAACACUCCUUACAGAACCAGAAUAAAUAAUAUACUAAGUGCAA